CGGACACCGACAAGCAUACCUGUAUUCUAGAACCUGACGAAUGGUGAAUAUGUGGUUGAUGCAGCCACGACCAGGUCUGAAGCCAGCUGGAUUCUCUCGUGUUUGCAGUUCACGUGCCUUAGUUAGGCGUCCAAUAAUUAUCGAGGCUAGUAUUUUAGAUACUAUAUCAGUUAAACUAAUCCCUCUGUGGUUGUCACAGGAUAAUUUUACCCCUUUCUUAUAUAUUGAGACAAUCAGUGGUUGUGACCAGUCAGAUGGGAUUACGUCCAACUCCCAGAUUUUAGCUAAAAUAUUAGUUACCUUAAUCGCCAAAAAUGGACCAUUAUCUUUAAAUACCUCUGGAGUUAAUCCAUCUGGACCAGUAAUAUGGUGAGCCAAUCAGAAGUGACCUAAAGGACAAGUGCAUUUCACUGGCUAAGAAAUGAGUCAAUGUCCUAAAGACACAGUGGUAUAUAUAUGGAUGAGCAUCUGUACGUUUUAUUCGGUAGUCCAAUACACUUUCUCACCACUGUUUUGUUCUCGAUCAAGUGGUCAGUUGGGGGGGGGGUAGCGCGUAGCACACGUUUCAUCAGUAUCAGAUUUCGGACACCGCAAGUCACAACAACCAGCUGCUAUUCCUCGUUUCAG